AGGCAGUGGGGAGGCGCCGGUCGCCGCAGCGCGGAUCGGAGGAGCAGUUGGCAGCGUCGCGAUGAAGGGUCCCCCCUCGCCGUCCCCGUCGCCGUCGGAGGUGCUCCGCGAGGGCGAGCUGGAGAAGCGGAGCGAGAGCCUCUUCCAGCUGUGGAAGAAGAAGCAGGUGGUGCUGAGCCGGGAGUGCCUGCGCCUCUCCUCGCCCGAGGGCGGCCGGGCCAAGGAGCUGCGCUUCGGCGCCAUCCAGAAGGUGGACUGCGUGGAGCGCACCGGCAAGUACGUCUACUUCACCAUCGUCACGACGGACCGCCGGGAGAUCGACUUUCGGUGCCCGGGCGAGAGCUGCUGGAACGCCUCCAUCACCCUGGCCCUCAUCGACUUCCAGAACCAGCGCGCCGUCCGGGACUUCAAGAGCCGCCAGGAGGCCGCCCAGCAGGCCGACGCCGGCAUCCGCCACAGGCGCCUG